AUUCAACAGCUCUAUUGAUAAUCCUGAUUCCAUUGGCCAGAUCAAGCCCGUCCUCCACGCUUUCGUUGUAACAAGACAAAAACAACGCCUGGGCAUGACAGUGCCACGGCGAAAACAUUAAAAAGAAACGGCGGCACAGAAAUUUAAACGAAAUAACAUAUCUGUUUGAACUCAACGAUGGCUUUUGUUUCCCUUUCGCUUUGCGACAGCCUCUCGAACGCACGAGGUCUGCUCGCUGCCACCGUGCUGUCCUGAACCGCUUCGGGCUAAGCUAGCCAGCGACCUGUACCUACGAAAUAUCUUGUUUAAUGCUCAAAUUGCUGCUGUUUUUGCUGGUAUUUUGUUGUUUUACAUUUUGAAACCCCAAUAAGCAUGUCUCAUCAUAAGGGUGAAGCAGAAGACAUGGCCGAAGAGAGCGUAUUCUCUGGAAAGCUACGCGAGAAGGUCGGCCUCAGAAGCGGCUCGUGCUCUGGCAUAAAUCGCGAGCAGAUCUCCGUGGUGAAAACGAUGCUGAUGGAGCGAUUAGGACCUCACGAGCGCCUGCUCACUUAUCUGCAGUCUGUAUUAGUUUGGGAAAGACCCCUUCAUAGUGUUCUACUCUACACGACCGUCAAUGUCAUCUUCUGGUUUUUUGCUCUGAGCUCUUUGAGGUUGCUCUUUGUUCUGGCAUCAGGUCUGGCUCUAUUUGUUUGUGUCGACACUUGGAUGAAUAAAAUCUGGCCCAAAAUCAAAGUUAAAAAGCGAGAUGAGAGUGAGAAUGAAAGCUGGGGUCUGGUGCAUCCUGGAACAUUGAGUGUGCCUGAGUUAUGCCACCACAUGGCUGAAGUUUGGGUUACAGUGACUACAUGUACAGCAGAUGUUGUGCAGUUCAAACAGAAUAAACCAGGAAAGUUUUGCACGUUGGUUUGUGGUCUGUUUACACUACUGGCCAUGGUGGGGCGCUGCAUCCCUGGACUGGUGCUUUCAUACGUGGCUUUGAUGGGUGUGUUGCUUUGCCCAUUGGCGUUGUAUUAUCGUUUGUGGCAGCAUGCGUGUGUGAAGCUGGAACCGGCCCUGCAGUGGCUGGAUUUCAGUUCCAAAGGAUACAUGAUGUCAAAGCCUAUAGAUAACCAGUUCCUCCGUAAGCCUAUAAAGAGAGGAGCUUCAGAUGAAGCCAGUGACAGUGAAGAGGAACUGGCUGCAUUCUGCCCUAUGUUUGAUGAAGCAGUGGUUGCUAAAGAACUAGCCCUGACUGACUCUGAACACUCGGAUGCAGAAGUGUCAUACAUGGAUAAUGGGACUUUUAACAUCUCUAGGGGUCAGACACCCCUCACAGAGGGAUCGGAGGAUCUAGACCGGCACAGUGAUCCAGAAGAAUCAUUUGCCUGUGGACUUCCAGACUUUCCCUCUAUCAACCCAGAUGCCACCCUCAUGGACGAUGAUGAUGAUGCGAGCUUCGGGCUGCCCAGUCUCAACUCGGCCGCUGUCUCCGGCACUCGCGGCACUACCUCUGCAAUGCUGGACCUAGAUACCCAGAUGGACUCUGACCAGGAAGAUUUUGAGCCCGAGUUGUCCCUAGGCUCCAUAAAUACUACCUCUGACCUCACUAGUAACCUGGCAGGGGUUAUAGCCAGCAACAUGAUCCAGGCAGCAAUCUCUGGGGCAUUGCAGCCCCGUCCACCACAAGGUCGCCGAAGAGAGAGUGGCCCACGGGCAGGACCGCCGAGGGGUUACAGGAAGCAGUCAAGCUCGGAGCUUGACACGGACCUGGACUUGGAUGGAGAAGACUUUGAGAUGUUGGAUCAGUCAGAGCUGAACCAAUUAGAUCCGUUAGGAGAGGGUCAGGGUGGCCAGAACAGAACCCAGGGAGCCAGUUUCCUAUCCAGUCUGCUGAGGAAGCCACAGUGAGCGCUUCGUAUGUGCAUUUGUGUGUGAAACAUACCCAGCUUGCAGAUACUUCCUCUGUUUAUCUGCUCAUCAUAUAUGUACCUGUCCCAUGCACCUUGAUCCAUGUAGAAGUUUGCAGUGUUUGUUUAGAGUCUACUGAAAUGCUUUAGAUUUUAUCUUUGUAUCUAUGAAUGAGAGAGUGUAUUUGUUUUGCACAGUUAAAGGACUAGUUUACUUAAAACUGAAAAUUAUGACUCUAGAAUUUUCACCAGUGGAAUGCUAAGAGAAAAUGCAAAGAAUAUUGACGCAGUUUUCCACACAAAGAAGCUAAAUGCAUAAAGACAUGAGAGCUGUCCUGUCCAUUUAAUGUAAUGUUUUGUUCCAAUUGCCAGGAUUCCUCUAACUGGCUACAUUUGAUAUCACUGUGAAGAAAUCUUUGUUUUUAGUUUGAAUCUUUCUUUAUGCGUUUUGAGCUUUUGUGUCUCUUAGUAGUGUCUCUAGACUCCUAUGCGAAAGACUCCAAUUUGUUUUGUAGGCUAAGCAAUAGGAUAACAGUCAUAAAAAACUACUUGUAAACCAGCAGAAUCAACACAAUACCUUUCUACUACAUCCGAACAAUGAAAUCACGGAGUCUUAUAGGUCUUCUGAAGACAUCUGAAGCUUCUGUUUCAUACAGGUAGCAUUAUUUGUUUCUUAGGUAAUGGGACCAAAUGAGACAUUCCACCAUCAAUACCGAGUCAAGACAAUUUAUGGAUACAAAUAUAAAUCGGCAAGAACAAUGAUGAAAAAUGUCACUGAGCAGAGGAGUCUGAUAAAGCAAUAGUGACAUUAAGACCACAGUCUUUUCUCAUUUUAUUAAGACUCUUGAGACGUGAGCUUAUUUUGAAAGCACUUAUUGUAAGCGGCUCUCAGAUUUUCUUGCUUUGUGAAGCAUUUGCACCUUUUUCUCUUUCAUUUAUUUUCUUUGUAGAUGCUGAACUUGACUCUCUGAAUCUUCCCCAACACAGAUUGAUGACACAGAUGAUUCGGGAGGUACAAACUUUACCAUCUAAACCAAUAAAAAGUUGUUUUUACCAUAGCUGGAUCGAUCAAGUGUAAUGCACAUCUGUGAUUUUGGUUUUUAGUUUAAUAUGUAAGAAUGUUAAUUUUAGGCUUAAUUUUGGAGGUUGAAAAUAAGUAUGAAAGAUUACAUUUUAAGUAAUAGAGGAUUCAUGAAGUGUGUAUUGAAGCAGAUUCUUUCUAUCAUCGUUGUAUUUACAAUCUGUUAUUUUUGCUGUACAAGUGACUGUUUAUUACAUAUCCAUGUCUUACUUCUUCCAACAAACUUGAGUUGUGUUAAAAGUGUAGCUUUUAUUGGAUUGAAAUGUCCUAAUUUGCUGUGAUUUUAACAUUUUUCUGAAAUUGUUUUUUGCUGUGUUUAAUAGGUUGUUUUGCUUUGAGAUACCUUAUGCGUGACAACAAAUUUGUGGGGCAGUUGUUACUUGAAAAUGGUUGAAGUGAUGAUGGUGAUUAGUUUAUAGACUACAAAGCCUUUUGAUCUUGUCUCAUUUUGAUUUCAAUGGUAGAAAUAUUUUCCAAUGUGGACACUUUGAGUUGGUCAAUUAUUUUUAUUCAAACAUGUUUAUAUGCACCUUGAUAAAUUGUCCAUUUAUAUUUUGAAGAGAAACAGGUUAAACCAAACAAAACUCACCAGCAAUCCAAAUGAAACAUUGAAGUGGUGGUUUAUACAUGAAAAAAAUUGACAUCCAGUAUCAUCUAUUGAUGUUGUCAGAGAUUUCAAUACAAAAUAAAUUUUCCUCUCUUUUUGUGUGAACAUUUUUACUGAAGUUUUUCUGUAUAGCUGGAUUUUGCAAUGUCAGGAAUCUUCUUUUCUGUACAGUAGUAUUUUCUUCUUUGAUUAUCUGUAAUCAGUUUUUGAUAACUUUUGAUGUGUAAGACAAUAAACUGAUGAAUGAACAUA